AGGGGGCCGGGCAGGGGAGGUUUCGAAUUUGGUUAAUAUGCAAUGCCCGUAAUUAGCAUAAUUUAUAUAUUUAUGAUAAAGAGAGAAAAAGGCGCGGGGCCGGGGCGGCGGGCUGCGGCCCGGGAGGCUGGAGCUCUGGAGUCCACGGCCGCGCUCUGUCCACCUGGGGCGACAGACCCCGGGCCGCGCCCUGGUUCCCGGUCCCCGCGGACACUCGUGGAGUGGCGGCCGCCGGGUGGACGCCCUGCCCUGGAGAGGGGCGGGAUGUCGGGGAGAGGUGCGCAGAGCCCUGGAUCCUGGGACGCUUGGGUUCCCUGGCGACAUGUCACCACUACUCCGGAGAAAGGGCUGGUGGGACUCUGGGGCAGGGACGGGACCUCGCUGUUGCUGGAAGGAUGGGGGAAUGGUGGGAGGGUCACCGUCGAUCGGAGCGUGAGCACUUCAUAAAUAUUUAAUGACAGUAUUAGUAUUAAUAAUGUCAUAAAACGGUCCCACUAUCUCCUCCCGGGACAUCUGCACCUGGCAAGGCUGAGGGAUCUGCAGAGUGGCUCUUAAGCCACUUCAGCGCCAAGAUCACCUCCUCGGCUCGGAUGGGAAGCCCAAAACCUUUACCGAGUAGUCACAGCGCCUGGGAGCUUCACUAGGCCAAAGACAGGAAGCUCCUAGCAGACAUAGAGAAACUGUAGCCUGUUUGCUCUUUCGAAUUCCUUGCUCACAAAAAUAGGAGGUUGGUUCCGGUUCCAUGCAUAUAUGCGGUCACUUUGGCAAUCUACAGCAGCCACCCCUGCAAACGAGCUUGCUGGGUGCGCAUUCCAUUUUGAUUGAAGUUUGUGCUCGGGAUGAUAUUUCUAUGACUCGGGACCUCUUUGCGUAUAUAAAGCACAAUCACAUUCAUUCCUUCUUUGGUUCUUUAAAAAAAAAAAAAAAACAAGCAAACAAACAAACAAAAAAACCCCACAGCGAGUGCUGGGCUCAGACAAAGCCCCACCUGUCCUGGAAUGAGCAAGCUGAUCACAAACACAAAACAAAUCAGGUAAUGCCAAGGUGGGGGCGGGGGGGCACGCUGGUUUUCUCUCUUCUUCCUAAAGGCACUCACUAUAUGGCAACUCAGAAAAGUAAGGCUGCCGUGCACAGCUGUAACCCCAGCAACCCGGGAUGAAGCAGCAGGAGAAUCAAAGAUUAAAGCUACACAGUGAGACCAUGCCUUAAAAACUAAAGACAAGGGGUUGGGGAUUUAGCUCAGUGGUAGAGCACUUGCCUAGCAAGCGCAAGGCCCUGGGUUCGGUCCCCAGCUCUGAAAAAAAAAAAAAAAAGAAACAAACAAAAACUAAAGACAAACAAAACAAAACAAAACCUCAAGCCAAGCACCAACUUCAAUAAAUGUAAGACAAAAAGGGGUACUGGCUUGAUGGCUCAGCAGGUAAAGGCAUUCGAUGCCAAGCCUGGCACUCUAAGUGUGGUCCUUGAACCUCGCAUGGAGAAGUAGAGAACUAACUCUUGUAAGUUGUCUGGUCUCCACACACAAGCUGUGUGAGUGCGCCAUGGCACAGAUACAUACACGCACUUAAGUAAAACAUGUCAGAAGGGAGGAGGAGGAGGAGGAGGAGGAAGAGGAGGAGGAGGAGGAGGAGGAGGAGAAGAGGAGGGGUUAGGGAUUUAGCUCAGUGGUAGAGUGCUUGCCUAGCAAGCGCAAGGCCCUGGGUUCGGUCCCCAGCUCCAAAAAAAAAAAAAGAAAAAACGAAAAAGAAGAAGAAGAAGAAGGAGAAGAAGAAGGAGAAGAAGAAGGAGAAGAAGAAGGAGAAGAAGAAGGAGAAGAAGAAGGAGAAGAAGAAGAAGAGGCAUCAACAUCAGGCAGUGGUUGUGCACACCUUUGAUCCCAGCACUAGGGAGGCAGAGGCAGGUGGAUCUGAGUUCGAGGCCAGCCUGGUCUACACAGAGAAUCCCCGCCUCAAAAAAACCAAAGAAACAGAAAAGGGGAAAAAAAAAAAGAAAAAAAGAAAGGAUGAAAAAAUCUGGAGCCAGAGCUCAGAAUAGAGAGCGUUACAUCUCUCUGUUCAUCAAUUAAAUCUACACACACACACACACACACACACACACACACCCUGCUCUAAGGAUGGGAAGGACAAGAUACAUAUGACGAAUUAGAAGAAAGCGAUGCUAUUUGUGGUACCCAACAGUACAUCACUUGCCUAGCAUGCACAAAGGCGAAUUCAAACUCCAGAAGUGAACAUUUAAAAAAUAAUAAAAGAAAAGAAAGAAAUAUGUCUUUUAAGGGUUUUCUGCUUCAAGAAGAAAAGAAAAGGGGUUGGGGAUUUAGCUCAGUGGUAGAGCGCUUGCCUAGCAAGCGCAAGGCCCUGGGUUCGGUCCCCAGCUCCGAAAAAAAGAAAAAGAAAAAAAAAAGAAGAAAAGAAAAAAAUUCUGUUUAAAAAAAAAAAAAGGCUAGGCGGUGAUGGUGCAGAUCUUUCAUCCCAGCACUGGAGAGGCAGAGGGAGGUAAAUCUCUGGGAGUUCAAGGUCAGCCCGGUCUACUUAGUGAGUUCCAGGACAGCUGAGGCUAUGCAGAGAGACCCUGUCUCUGAGAGGGGAGGGGGAAGAAGAAGAAACUGGUAUAAACUCAUAUUCCUCUUCAAGACUUAUUUUGACAUUAUAACAUUAGUACUUGGGCAGUGACUCCAUGAGAGAACACAUGCUUCCGUACACAGGGCCAUAAAUAAACAAGUAAAUAAAUCAUAAUAGUAAUCUUUUACAUUUCAUAAUAUGUUAUGAUUUAAAACAUCUUCUAUGAGUGCUUUAUUUCAGUUAAAAUAUAGCCAUAAUAGGGCUGGGGGCAUAACUCUGUUGGGAUAGUACCUGCCCAUUCAUUCCCAGGGCUCCAUCAGCUAAGUGUGCACCUGUAACCUCAGCCCUUGGGACUGGAAGGCAGGAGGACAAGAGGUUUGAAGCCAUUUUCAGCUGCAUGGGGAGUUCCAGGCCAGCCUGGAAUACAUUGCAACCUUGUCUCAACAAACAAAUCAACCAAAACAACAAUAGUAACACUUGCACGUGUUUGCCUGUUAGGCGCUAUUGAAAAUGCUUGAUGCUUGACGUCAAUGGUUCUCAACCCUUUUGAACAGCGGUCAAGUCUUCCGCAGCUGGCAUAGUUCAGAUAUUUACAUCGCUAUUCCUACAGUAGCAAAAUUAGAGUUAGGAAGUUGCGAUGAAAUAAUUUUAUGUUUGAGAGUCACCACAACAUGAGGAAGUGUUUUAAAGGGUUGCAGCAUCGGAAGGAUUGAGAACCUUUGUCUUACAUAAAUAUUACCAACUCAAAUCUGGACAUAGUGGCACAGGAGUGUAGCAAUCACAUGACUAAACCUAGUUACAAGGAGAAACCCUGUCCAGAAAAAUGUUAGAGUGGGGACUAGGGAUUUGGCAAUCCUUGAGAGCAAGUUCUGUUCCCAGCACCACAUGGCCCCUCCCACCCGCCUGUAAACUCCAAGGCAGGGAAAUCCACAGAGAAAGCAGGUGAGGGUGACCCCAGGCUGGAAAGGGGAGUGCCAGCAGUUUCUACUGUGGAUGUAAAAUCCCUUUUAGGGCAUUGAAAAUGCUCUUGAACCAGAAGUGCUGGUGGCCAUGCAACAUUGUAAAUGUAUAAAAUUCCUCUGAAAUGCACACUUUAAUUAAAAUGAUUCAAGUGGUAGUGCCUGCCUUCAAUCAUAGCACUCUAGAGGCAGAGGCAGGUGGCCGUCUGAAGUUCUAGGCUAUCCUGGUCUACAUACUGAGCUCCAGUCUGGCUAAUACUAACUAGGGAGACCCUCUCUUUCUCUCUCCUCUCAAAAAAAAAAAAAAAAAGUUAAAGUGGAUGUCAGUGAUGAGUGCUGGCUACCACACUCCGAGCCUUGAGUUCUAUCCCCAGCAUCACAAAAAGAGAGAGGAGCAAUUCAAUAAAAUGGUUAAACUGGUGAGUUCUCUAUCGUGUGAAUUUAUAUUUGUUGCAGCUGCUAUAUCAAAAUACCAUAAAUUGGGUAUCUGAGUUCAGCUCAAGACGCUGCAAGUGAGGCAGUCCUAGGUCAAGUUGACCUGGCAGCAUCUGUUUCCUCUGAAAGGAAUGCUGUCUUGUUGUGGAGACUGCCUCAGAUUACUGUAACCCUCUGGGAGAAGGAAUCUCAGGGUUGGGAUUCUAACUAGGAACAGAGAGGGGCACAAGCUUCAGACCACAGCAGAAUCCGCCUCUAUUUAAAGGGGUUGUGGGGCUGGGGAUAGAGCUCCAUAUGCUCGUGAGCUUUGGAUUCAGUCCCCAUAAUGCCCAAAACAAAAAAAUCUUACAGGAGAAAAAAAAAGAAAAAAAAGUAAGUUAGGGGCAUGGGUCACUAUCUUGGGUUUCCUCGACUGUGACGUCAUGGCAGUAAGUCCCACUCCCCUGAGUAGGGCUGAGUAAUAAGUCAGUAUCACAUAAAACACUCAUCCCGGACUGAAUGUCAACUAGUGUCCUCCAACACAAAUGUCUAACCAGUUGGCCUUUCCCCCCUUUUUCUAUUCCUUCCUUCCUCCCUCCCUCCUUCCCUCCCUCUUUUCUUUCCUCCCUCCCUCCCUUCUUCCCUUCCUCCCUCCCUCCCUUCCUCCCUCCCUCCCUUCCUCCCUUCCUCCCUUCCUCCCUCCCUCCCUUCUUCCCUCCCUCCCUUCCUCCCUCCCUCCCUUCUUCCCUCCCUCCCUUCUUUCCUUCCUCCCUUCCUUUUCCCUCCCUCCCUCUCUUCCUUUUUUUUUUUUUUAACAGCUCCAGCCAGAUAGUCUGUCUUCACAUGGGGCUCCCUGGCUCUUGCUUGCCACACCCGGCAAGGCCAUCCACGGCUGGGAACAUACCCCUUCCUGUGUACAGGCCAACGUGGUCCUUGAACCACUGCUGCAGAGCUGGUUUUGUGGAACCCAUCACAAGAUCAGAGGGUCCGGGGGAUGUUGGGAGAAGCAGUCUAGGAAGCAGGAUCUUUAAGAAUAGCUCCUGUGUUUGAGCUCACCCGGUGUAAUUCUGUCUCUGCUGCUCUUCAGGAAGCCUCCCUAGGGAAACACUGAUCCCCACACCCCUCUCACCUUUGCCCGGGGUUCUGGGUCUAUUAGUUUCACCUUGGGUUUUCCUGGGUUGCUGUCACCCUUGGACAGGGAGUGGGAUUCCUGAGGGAUGGACACCUGGUCCUCUCUUUCCCUUGCCAUCCAAAACAUGGGUAAAGUGUUCUCUUGGGAUGUGAAGAGUCUUCCUCCUGUCUACCACCACCCCUCUCCGGAAAGGCAGGGUUUCUCUGUAGCCCUGACUGUCUAGAACCUGCUCUGUAGACCAGGCUGGCCUUGGAUUUACAGAGACCCGCCCUCCUCUGCCUCCUGAGUACCAGGAUUAAGGGUUUGCACCACCACUGCCUAGCUAGAGUGGGAGGGAGUCUUUAACGUUCUUAGACUCUUGCCUUCCCCUUCCCUGGCCUCUCUGCCCGCCUGACCUUCUGUUUCUGACUUCUCCAGAUAGUCCAACAUCACAUCGUCGUGUCCCACCAGCCUGUACUUUUCUACUCCUAUCCAGGAUGCACUAGGUGUGGGCUGGAGCCCCCCCCCCCCUUCGGUGACCAUGGAUGCUGGAGCUGGAUCUGACUCAUCUCUGACUGUCAAUGAGCAGGUAUCUUUCAGGGUCAUCGUGAUGUCAGGCCACGAGACCAUCCGCGUGUUGGAAGUUGGAGUGGAUGCCCAGCUCCCAGCUGAGGAGGAGAGCAAAGGACUGGAGAGUGUGGCAGCUGAUGGCUCCCAGAGUGGGGGCCCUGCUGAAGCCAGGGGCCCUGCUGGGGAAGCUGGGUCAUGUGACCCAGACCAUUCUGCAGAAGCAACAGUGAAGUCACUGCCCGGAAUCCCUCCGAGUCCUGCCCCAGCCAUCGCUACCCUCAGCCAAGCCCCAAGCCAGCCUCAGGCAUCACAGACCCUGACACCACUGGCCGUUCAAGCUGCCCCCCAGGUCUUGACUCAGGAAAGCUUAGCCACAGUUCUGACAGGAGUUAUGGUGCCAGCAGGGGCUGUUACUCAACCUCUUCUUAUCCCCAUCGGUAUUACAGGUCAAGUGGCUGGGCAGCAGGGGCUGGCCGUGUGGACCAUCCCUACAGCAACUGUGGCUGCCCUCCCAGGACUGACUGCGGCCUCUCCCACGGGGGGAGCUUUCAAGCCACCUUUAGCUGGUCUCCAAGCAGCUGCCGUGCUGAACACCGCCCUCCCGACACCUGUACAAGCUGCCCCACCAGUCCAGGCCUCCUCGCCCGCCCAGCCCCGGCCACCAGCUCAGCCCCAGACGCUGUUCCAGACCCAGCAGCUGCUACAGACCACGCCGGCCAUACUCCCACAGCCUACUGUUGCCACCGUUGCUGCCCCCACCCCCAAGCCAGUGGAUGCUGCCCCACAGAUCACCGUCCAGCCUGCAGGCUUCGCUUUUAGCCCAGGGAUCAUCAGUGCCGCGUCCCUUGGGGGACAGACGCAAAUCCUGGGCUCCCUCACUACAGCUCCAGUUAUUACCAACACCAUUCCCAGCAUGCCCGGGAUCAGCAGUCCGAUCCUCACCAAUGCUCAGGGACAGGUUAUUGGAGCACUUCCAUGGGUAGUGAACUCAGCCAGUGUGGCCACACCAGCACCAGCACAGAGCCUGCAGGUCCAAGCUGUGACUCCCCAGCUCUUGUUGAAUGCCCAGGGCCAGGUGAUCGCAACACUAGCCAGCAGCCCCCUGCCUCAACCUGUGGCUGUCCGGAAGCCAAGCACACCGGAGUCCCCUGCAAAGAGUGAGGUGCAACCCAUCCAGCCGACACAAGCCGUGCCCCCACCUGCUGUAAUCCUCACCAGCCCAGCUCCAGCACUCAAGCCAUCAGCCUCAGCUCCCAUCCCAAUCACCUGCUCAGAGACACCUACAGUCAGUCAGUUGGUAUCAAAACCGCACACUCCGAGUCUGGAUGAGGACGGGAUCAACUUAGAAGAGAUCCGGGAGUUUGCCAAGAAUUUUAAGAUCCGGAGGCUCUCCCUGGGUCUGACACAGACCCAGGUGGGCCAGGCUCUGACCGCAACAGAGGGGCCAGCCUACAGCCAAUCAGCCAUCUGCAGGUUCGAGAAGUUAGACAUCACACCCAAGAGUGCCCAGAAGCUGAAGCCGGUUUUGGAAAAGUGGUUGAACGAGGCAGAGCUCCGGAACCAGGAAGGCCAGCAGAAUCUGAUGGAGUUUGUGGGCGGCGAGCCCUCCAAGAAACGCAAGCGGCGUACUUCCUUCACACCACAGGCCAUAGAGGCUCUCAAUGCCUACUUUGAGAAAAACCCCCUGCCCACCGGCCAGGAGAUCACCGAGAUCGCUAAGGAGCUCAACUAUGACCGUGAGGUGGUGAGGGUCUGGUUCUGUAAUCGACGCCAGACACUCAAGAACACCAGCAAGCUGAAUGUCUUUCAGAUCCCCUAGGGCUCGGGGUCAGCGUGUUCCUUGUGCGAAUCCCUCAGCAGUCAGCUGAAGUCACUGAGUGGCAGUACUGUGGGCAGCUGUGCUUGCCCUCGGUCAUGAGACUCCACCUGUGCAUGUGUGUCAAUGCCUGCCUCUUCUGCCCACAUAUGUCACACCCUGGGGAGGCCCGAGGGGCUGCAUGAGAGCCCUAGGCUCUGGGCUGGGCAUGUGGAAGGAGGGGGUUGGUGGGGUCCUUAGAAAAGCACUUUGCCGAGGUGGUUUCUGAAGGGUGAAUUCUGGUUGAGAACCAGGAAGGCUCUGUCUUUGGGGCAGGGCCGUAGCAACUCUUGGGGACAACUGUGUAGUGGCUCUUGGUUUUGGUGACGUCCUUUCCCCCUUCCCCUCACUCCUCUGUGGCUGUGCCGGUGUGACAACACACCGGGUGGAACUGCAGCCUCACACUGCCUCCCUUCCUCUGAAUAUGGGCACACUGAACCCCCUGAAAGGACUGAGGAAUCCAGAGAGUCGUGGUGUGCUGCUCAGACCCACUGUCUGCCUUGAUCUCGAGGGAUGAAGGUUCCCAAACUGAAGCCAGGGGGUUGGAAACCCUAGGUUAGGAGCUGUGAGGCCUCUCCCUGGGUCCCAGUGGUGGUGAUAUUAUGCUAAGUCGAGUCAAACCAAGUUGAAAGGAAGCUAGAGUGAACUCUCCAGCCCUGGAGAGUGUUAGGUCUGCGGCAGGUCUGGAAUUUAUAAAGUAAAUAAGGCCACCCACCCAGAUUUUCAUCUAAUUUUCGUUUGCAGCUGUCUUCCGACACAGGGGUAUGCGAAAGGGCUUGGGAAACUAACGCAUACAGCGGCAGAGGAUAUAGAUUCUGACUUUCUCCCUCUCUUGUGCCCUGACCCAUCUCAGUCCACUACUGAGACGUCUUCAAAGGAGCAAACUGAUCGAUAAACCAGACGGUGAGGAGCUGGCGUAGGGAGGAAGACAGUAUCCAGAUGGAUGAUGAUUCGGGAGGUCUCUUGUUGAGGCUGACUUAUAACUCUAGUUUUGUUUGUAACUUUUACGUCUUGGAGGUCUCCAAAGACCACACUUUGUCCAGUUGUAGACCAAGUCUGUGUGUGAGCAAUGCCCCACCCCUCCACCUCCCCACUCCCGUGCUCCUCUGAGCCAACAGUGCCCAGGUCAGGCUUCCCUCACUCAGUAGGUGAUGGCAAUCGGGGGACUGGCAACACAUGGAAACCAGCUUCCAGCCACAGAGAGGCUAGCCAGAUGUUUUACUUCAGUGCAUUGCCCGGGAAUGUAGCUCACUGGGAGGGAACUUAGCAAGUACAAGGCUCUAGAGUCAGUCUGUAGCACCGAGGGGAAAGGGAUUCCCCCAGUAUUUGAUUUCAAGAAGUCGGGAAAGAGCUAAGACGUUCGCUCAGAUAACCCCCCCAACAAGUGGCAGGUGUCGACUAUCUUGCACUACUGGGGUUGGUUUGUUGGGUUUUUGUUUUGUUUUGUCUGAGAUAGGAUCACACUUAGCUCAGGCUAACCUCGAACUUGUAGUUGAAGAUGACCUGAUCCUCCUGUCUCCACCUCCCAAGUGCUGGGAUUGCAGUCACGUUCUGCUGUGCCUGGCUCUUCUCACUCCAUAGCCUUACGGAGCCCACUCUCUGGCUGAUGUCGACAUCACAUGAUCUACCCUGAGGAAACGACUCUCAAACAAGGACACCAUGCAGUCUCCGCUGGUCCCGGUGCAGAGACACUAGGACCCGGCUUCCUCUAGUGUUCUCUUUCCUGAUGACUGUUAGUCCCUCUUGGGUCCUGCAGUGCCAGUGUGGAGGACCUCUUGGUAACUCUGACAUGGAGAGGAGGGCAGUUGUGUGUUGAUUCACCACACCAACACACACACACACACACACACUGCUGCAUUCCGACUAAGGAAACCUGCUGAAGUCUGUCAGGAAUAGGAGACAAGUACGCAGCUUCCCUGACCCUGGCUCCCAAGAAGGAAUAUGUUCCCAGAGCAAUGCUAGGUCAUGUGAUUACCAACCAGCCUCCAUGAGAUGGGAAGUUAGCUUAGAGUCCCGAAACUUAGCAAGGUGAUGCCCUCGAGAAAAUCAAAUGCAGCUUUUCUUGCUCAAAACCGGCACUCAGGAGGUUAUACACAGUGCAGCCAUGCUGUGGACGCCGGAGAGGGUACCAUCUGUUCUGUGCGUGGGGGUGGGGAAUCUCGAACCACUGGUCUAAAUUAAGCCUGGCCAUGCGGCGUUCUCAAACCAUCCUUCAUCUAAAUCUGUCUUCCCAAGGCUGGGCUAGAAUGAACCAUUUUCUCCUGUGUUGGAAAGACGCACGGGUCUUUCAGGAGAACAGUAGCAGAGCCCACAUGUUUACUGGCUGGACUACUCAAGUAAGGGGUGCAAGUGUAUAAAGCGUUCCCAAAGUGGGGUCCGCUUUGGCCUUUGACCUCUGCCCCUGUCCCCCAACCUAAGCCACUGAUCUACAUACAGUCUUUGUUAUUUUGGGUAGCAUUAGACUCUAAAAACGUUAGCAGUUUUAUUUUGAAAGCACCUUCUCAGACUUAAGCUCGAGCUCCAUGGCUCUCUCGCCUUGGAAAGGGGAGAGUGGGAGGAAGUGGUUCAACUGUAUGGUUGGUUUGUUUUAAGCAAUGGGAAACCAAACUCUCUGUGGCCCCGCUGAGUCAGCUGCGCCCUUCGACCCUGCACUAUGGCACUUCACUCAAGCAAAGUUCACAGAAGAAACUGGUCACAUGAACCGUGAACGCACGUGAGUUUGGCAUGAGAACACCUGAUGUGUCUGUGUUCUUGGAAAUCCAGUCAACUUCCUAUACCCAGGACUCCUUUCCCGCCUGGUGGGCCGCCUCCCACAGUCUCCCGGCACGGGGGGCACCGCCCACGAAAGCUGGAGAGGAGGAUGGGGGAGUACUGCCGUAGCGUGUGAAUAAACAGUAUUUUUUCUUUCGUA